UACACAUAUACCAUGCUAUUACCGUAUUGGCCCGAACAUAAGACGGUGUUUUUUGCAUUGAAAUAAGACUGAAAAAGAGGGGGUCGUUUUUUAUUCGCGGUCUAGCCGUUAUACCCAUUCACGACGCUAGAUGGCGCCAGAUAUCCUUGAAGCGAUGUUCUGUCAUGACAGUUCUCAGCUACUCUGAAGUUUAACCAGUUUGCAUUAUUUUAUUGCAAUGUUUGAUGGUUUUGUUGUUUUAUCACAAUAGAUUGGUUUAUCUACAUUUCAAAAACCAGAAGCCAUACAUUUAUGAAUGUGAUUGCACUUUAGUUAACAUAUUUAAAUGUUCAGAUAUUAAGAUUUGAAUGCGGCAAAAUAACAUGCUUUUUCUCUUAAAUAUAUUGUUAUAAUCAUUUGUUUCGGAUGUACUGUAAUUAUUUUCUGUAUAAAAAUUAAUUUGGUGUUCAAAAAGUCUUUUUUUCAAACUUGAGUCUUGAAAAAGAGGGGGUCGUCUUAUAAUCAGGGCAGUCUUAUAUUCGGGCCAAUACGGUAUAUACACCAGCAUGUAGUACUGCGAUUAUAGGUUAACGUGUACAAUAUGUGUUGGUGUCCUUUAAUAAAUAUAGACCAAUAAAAUUCAAUAAUCUAAAGUAAAAAAUAGUAAAAUAUAUGAGUUUUUGUACAAAGUAUUGAACAAGUGCCUUCAAAAAUAUAGAAAUAAACAACAAAAACAACGGAUGAAAUACAUAACCACAUCACAGCAAAUGUUAAAGUACAAAAGUGAAUGAAGGUUUUAUUCCUAAAAACUGUUAAUAUGAUUGUAACAGGCAUGAAAAUCUCUCACCUUUCGGCAAAAUUCGCCGUUAUGAAGUCAAAAAGGUUGACCUACGCGAAUUGUGUAGAUCCGAGUAGAAAAUUUGUAAGGGGGGGUCGGUAGAUUAAAAUUUUUUUUUUUUUUUAUGCCGGACGCUUGGUAUGCAAGCUGGGAAAGCGGCACAAAGCAAAAAAGAGCACCAGAGAGGCCAAAACAUCGACUUAUUUCAACAAAACAAAGGAUGGUACAGUGUUGUGUCCUGCCUCUUCAAUGCCAAGCUUGGCUGCACGUCGGCUGUGAAUGAACACCUAAAGCGCCGUAACCCAGUUGUAAUUUUGGAAGACGACAGGAGACAAUUACAAGCUGGCAGAUCGUUUGUGAAAGAGCGCCGGCCCUCCAUUUCGCCAAACUUCAACUUCCUUGGUCAAUUACAACACUUCCAGAGCACCCUUCGUCAAAAAGCCUCCGGCGAUGGCUUCAAAAGCCAGCAGCUGGAUAACAGCUUGCCAUCCAUCAACAUUCCCAAUGUGAAAUACCAAGACAGCGACAAUAGCGGCAGAUCAACAGAAGAGAUGCAAUUAUGCCGAGAGAAUUUCUACCAGCAGAGACAUUCCAAUCCUGACGCGAAUGGAAACCAGCAGAAACUUUGGACUCAUAAUACAAAUCCACAGGAAAUCCAGACACCUUUCAGGGUAUCCAGUCCAACAUCUUGUACCCCGAUGAAAGCAGCACCAAAGCCCACUCAACUCCAACUUCCAGCAGUUUCUGUUUCCCUCUCAGAGAGACGCAAAAGCCUCAGCCUCUCUUUGACCCCCUUGGGGAUCUGCCCUCCCUCGAUGACAUGCGACGGCAAGCAAACGAAGAGCCUCGACUUAUCGAGAGGCGUCAAGACGGACUCGGACGCAAAGACGAUAAGUAGGCACGUGGGCGAGACGCACAAGGAGCAGAGUCCUUUGCAGGAAAAACAAAACGGCUCAGAGGUGAAGGAGCAAGGCCUGCUGUCACCGCUCAGCUGCACACUCAACAAAUUGCUGGACUGGGGUGAGCGUAUGCUGUUGGGUGGGGUAUUUGCCCACCCUGUCAAGAUGGGACAGCCUGCUUUGCCAUAUAGAUGCUGAGUGGGACCAUUAAUUAUGUGCGUUUGUGAUUGUGCAUGUUUCUCCAAAGCAGGGGUGUCCAAACUACUCCCGCUGCACAGUUUUUACUGAAUAUGGCCCCCACAAUAAGCUUGAGUUCAGCUUAAAUUCUGUUGCACUUCUCAGCUUGAACACUAGAUGGAGCAGGUCACUUUAACAGUGCUUCUCCAUUAGCUCAGGAGUCCUAGGAAACCAUGUAGAAUUUCAAUGUGAUAAAUUUGACUAUCUUGAUUGUGAUUUUCUUGACUUUUUUUUUUUGCAAUUGCUGGACAUUUUUUCUGCAAAGUUUUCUUCAGUAUGUAAAUAUAAAUACUUAUUGCAAUAUCAUUAUACCUUUUGAUUAUUUGUUUGGUUGUAGCCAUUAACUCGUUCACUGGCAUCGACAGGUAUUGACAUCAAAUUCAUUUCAACUGGGAAGGCUGGCAUUGAGUGAAAUAAAAGUUUGGACAUCCCUGCUUCAAAGGAAUGACACCACUUAUGUGCACAGUACACACAAGUGGUCUGCAGGAACUCCUUGUUUAUUUAUUGCUGGGAUAUGAGAACGAAUCUCCACUUAUCUGCUGAUUUUGACCCUGUCAUCUUGUCAUUUGUAAGAUGGCAAUAUUUUUAAUGAGCUGUUGCUUUGGCCUGAAUUGUAUAGUGUUUACUGCUGAUUAAAGAUUGAAUUUAAACCACA